AAUUUUACUGCAGGUGCAAAAUCUGUGAGGUUUUGUUUUCUUUUGCCAAUUGUGUAAUAACACUUGUCUAAAUUAAAACUCAUUUUUUAAAUAUCUAUGUAUAUUUAAAAUUUCAAAUGUAUUCUCAUAACCAAUUGUAAAAGAUUCAUACAAAAUGUCAUCCAGUGAAAAACCCGAAACAGUUGAGAAAUCAGCUCCCAGAGUUGCCGCUCCCGGUGAUGGAGUUCGAUCAAUAAGAACCACCAAUGUUUUCCGCGCUAUAAACUUUGAAUUAUAUGCUAAACCUAACAUAGUUGUCAUGGGAAUAGGACUUACCUGUUUUACUGGUGUCCUCGGUUAUAUUGCCUACAUGAGAUAUAAAUAUGAAGCAGCUGGAUACUAUGCGGCAGUUCAAGAGGAUGGCAAAGAAGUCUUUAAAAAGAAGCAGUCUAAAUGGGAUACGUAGACAACAUUUAUUAUAAAAUGUUUUUAUUAGUUUAAAUUAAAUAUUUGUUUUGUUUUUUAAACCACA